UUUAGAGUCCCUUAGAAGUCAUUAUUCACUAAUCCAUAAAUUAAUAGUGAUGGAUAUCGGGCCUGAUGGACCCGACUCUAGGCCCAAUAAAGGCCCACAAUCGUGCAAAGUGAACAACACCAGGACUAGACGUAGCACCGCUGCUUCCGCCCAGUCGACGGUGAGGAGUGACCAGCCUGAACAAGGCAUGAUUGUUCUAGUCAAUGGGCUGGAGACGGCGUUGAAUAAUGUGGCUAGCAUGAUGGCCAACAUUAUGGAACGCUUAGAUCAGGCUCUCCCUGGCCCAUCUGGUACCCGGAAUGUCCCUACCGGGCAGCCCCGCCAGGUCCUGCAUACUGCCAGUUCUCCCAUCCUCCAGGAGCUUCAUGAUCCGGAGGAGAUCGAGAGGGAGAGACAGGCUAUCGCUAGGCUCCAGGCGGAGGAGAUGGCCCGGAAUAAUAGGGCGAAUGGAGAUCGGACCAGGGCCGUGAGCCAAGUCAUAGGCAACGGAAAUGGAAACCCGCGGGGAACAGUUUUUGAAAGGAUAUCUCACCAGAGGGCUCACCGAACCGGCCGCGGUGGGAGCCAAGCGCCAAUGCGGUCAUUAGUGGUCUUGGACGAGGAGGAAGUUCAAAGCCAAGCCAGGGUCCCAGCACCGCAGCGUCUGGGGCCGCAAGUACCGGAAGCUGGCGAGUUCCAGGAUCUGAGGCAACAGAUCCAGGAGAUGCAGAGGAAGAUAAACAGGGGACGAGUGUUCACUACCCGGACAAAUACCCCGCUUGCCCCGGAGAUCUUUGCAGAACCCUAUCCUCAGGGAUUCAAAAUGUCGUUUGUCAAGCGUUAUGAUGGGGAAUCGGAUCCCCAAGAACACAUAAAUAGCUACGUCCAGGUGAUGAUCGCCGUUGAUGCUAGUGACGCGCUGAUGUGCCGAUGUUUCUUGCAGACGGUUGAUAGCAAGAAGGUCUGCAACGUGGAGGACACUGGGAAAUGGUGUGCUUACCAUCACGAGAAUGAUCACAAUACGGAAGACUGUUAUACCUUGAAGAAUGAGAUGGCCAGGCUUAUCCGCCGAUGCCACCUGAAGAAGUUCGUUCAAGAUAGGGACAGGGGAAAUCCCGGGAAUGCUCAGAGCGGGAAACGGAAAGAAGGGCAGGUGGCCGAGGCCCGGGAGAAACGCCACAUCAGACUCGAAGAUGAAGAGGAAGACUCAGAGCCCGCGCCACACCGACAGAAGACGCACCACGGGUGUAACUACAUCAUUAGAGGGAACAUUGGUGGAGAUUCGGCCAUAAGUCGAAAAAAGUGGGCUAGUGGGGCAAUGGUCAAUAAGGUGGCGGCCCCUGCCCAACCGGAACGUAAGAAGCUGAAAACUGAGCCAAUUCUAUUUUCUAAUGCUGAUCUGCCAGAAACGGGGGUCCCCCAUAGGGACGCUUUGGUAAUUACAAUUGAUAUAAUAGACUUGCUGAUCCACAAGACUUUGGUGGAUACGAGGAGUUCCGUUAACAUCAUGUAUAUGGAUACUUACAAGGCUUUUGGUUUGACGAGAGACGAGUUAUUGCCCAUCAAGACUCCUCUGACCGGGUUCACAGGUGACUCUAUUGAACCGGAGGGGGUGGUAACCCUGCCGGUUGAGGUUGGAGAGGUGACCGCACAGCUCUUAAAGGCCGAAGAGAGACUUCCCAGAGUUGAAGUUGCAAGCGACAUAGAGGAGGUAGACGUGGAGCCAGGCAUGCUGGGAAGGUUGGAUAGAAUCGGGAAAGGCCUGGGGGCUGAACUCAGAUCGCGAGUAAUCUCGGUUCUGAGGAGAUUCAGGAAGGUCUUUGCAUGGAGUCCAGCUGAUAUGCCGGGUUUGGAUCACAAGAUUGCAGUCCAUCGUCUCAAUGUUUCGCAGGAUGCUAAACCAGUGAACCGGAGAGGGAUUGAGGCUAACCCGGAAAAGGUAAGAGCCAUCAUGGAGAUGGAGCCACCGAAGACGGCAAAGGAAGUCCAGCGGUUGACGGGGAGAUUGGCGGCCUUGAAUCGUUUCCUCUCGAAGCUGGCGGAGAAGGCGCACCCGUUCUUUACUGUAAUCAAGAAGAGGGCGACCUUUGAGUGGACGCAAGAAUGUCAAGAGGCAUAUGAGGAAUUGAAGAGAUAUCUGGCAAGUCCUCCGAUUUUAUCCAAGCCGGAGCCCGGGGAUGUCCUGACGUUAUACUUAGCAAUCGCAGACUGCGCCAUCAGUACUGUGAUUGUAAGAGAAGAGAACGGGGCCCAGCAUCCGGUCUACUAUGUCAGUAAGACCUUGAGAGAUGCGGAGUUAAGUACAAGGUGGAGUUCAGGCCGCGUCCAUCGAUCAAAGGGCAGGCACUCGCCGACUUUCAAGUUGAGUAGGGAGAUGACAAGAGCCCGGGUUGAAACCCGGGUAGAAGAUAACUUGUGGGUAAUGAGCAUUGACGGAUCUUCUGGGUCCCGAUCCUGUGGGGCAGGUAUUGUCUUGAUCACCCCGGAGAGCUUCCGGAUUUAUUACGCUAUCAAAUUUCAGUUCCGCGUGUCCAACAAUGAAGCUGAAUAUGAGGCCCUAAUUAAUGGACUGAAGAUCCUCAGCAAGCUGGGGGUGUCCAGGGUCCAGGUAUACAGCGACUCCCGCUUGGUUGUGGGACAAAUCAGUGGGGAGUUCGAAGCAAAGGAAGAGAGGAUGAAGAAAUAUCGAGACUUGUCCUUGGAAAUGUUGGGAAGAUUCGAGUAUAAGCUAGAGCACAUACCCAGAGCGUACAACGCAGAAGCUGAUGUCUUGUCCAAGCUUAGCGCUGAAUCGCCGGAGUAUAUCAGCAAGUUGGCGACUGUGGAGGAGUUGGCAACCCCCAGUCUCAACAGGGAUGAAGUGCUCUGGGUAUCAGCCGACCCCCCGGAGUGGUUAGACAGGUUGGCUAGAUACAUUGAGGACGGAGUAGCCCCGGAAAAUCCCCAAAAAUCCCGGUUGCUGCGAAUGAGAGCACUCACCUACAAAGUGUGGGAUGAAGCCCUUUAUAAGCGAUCGUACAACGGUGUUUUACUCCGCUGUCUUAGGGCGGCAGAGGCAAAAGCGCUUAUCCAGAAGGGCGAUAAUCCAGGGAUAUUUCUGGCCAACAAUGAGGAAGGAUUGACCACUCCAAGAAGGGCCACGGGUGACACUCCUUUUGGCCUGGCAUAUGGGUUUGAAGCCCGGGCAACGGCAGAGACGGUGAUCCCAACUAGGAGGGAAAUGGCAUAUGACCCGGAAGUGAACGAACAAAAUCAGGCCAUCGAGCUGAACUUCUUAGAAGAACGAAGGGAUGAAGCACGAGUCCAGGCAGAGAAUUACCGUCGCCAGGUGAAAUCUUACUUCGAUAGUAGGGUGAAACCGAGGGCGUUCCAGGUGGGGGAUUACAUCCUAAGGAAGCGAGAAAAGAGUCAACCAACUAAGGGCGGGAAGUUGGCCAAGAAGUAUGAAGGACCUUAUACCGUCAAGGCCGUUGUUCGCCCAGGCCUCACAUCGGAGACCAACCGGGUAGCUUCUGAGUGGGGAUUGCGCCUCUUCUGGGAGCAGGAUGUACCAGGACGGCCAGAGGAGGCUUUCGUCCUGGUACCGUCAGGGAGCAUGCCGGAAUCCGGGAGAAUACCCCCUGAUAUUUGCUGGGGGAGACGAGGAUGGUUCUCCCCCCCGAGCAGGGGAAAAGUCACCGAUUGUUCGGAAGCGGAAGAAGGCCCAGAAGGGAAUUCAGGUGCUGGGGCUCCAAGCGAAGGAAAUGCCAAGGAGGAGGAAUCAGAAGAAGAAUCAGAGAUAGUCAGAUCAAUGAAGACAACUCUGUUGGCAUUAUUAGCCAUGUUGAGAAGUGGUUGUGAUAAUGAAAGCGUCUGCCUAGUUUCUUAAAUAGGCGAGCGACGUCAAAAGGGAGUGCAAGGGACGCGGAGUCAAAGCGCUUAUCCGAUUGGGAAAAAGUUGCGGAUUCCCGAGGAAAGCUAGGGUUGCACCGUUUCAUCAUUGGGCUGAGGUGAAUUGGGCCCGGCGUAAUUAAGGUGGGCCAUUCACUUAGCACGGCAGGAGAGGGAACCUAACAAAAGUGGUUUAGGCCCAAGUCUUAAAGCAGGUAAAAAUUUUCCUAAGUCCCGAAGCAAGGUAAAAAUCCCAAAAGGAGAACAGUUAGCCCAAAGAAAGGAGUCUAUGGGGA